AUGUACAUACUUGGUGCUGCCGUGCGAACGACCAAAUCCUUCUUCACGGGGUCUGGACUCUUCAUAUUCCUAGGCUGCGGCCACUCAACAUUCUCUGCAAGGCCUCUCAGGUUUUGCCCAAAUGCGCAAUCCAACAUAGUUGCUAAUACCAAAAGGCGCAAAAGAUCUCUCGAUGCAGCCAGCCGUUCGUCGAGUGCGACGACAAAGAUUGAUGAAGCGGGCGAGACAAUCAUACCAUCUGGGGACCAAGUCCGACUAGAGACUCAAGGAACGACAAAAACCUCGCAUAAGAUCAAAAAGCCACUCCCAAGAUCUUCGUCCCCUGCUAUAGACGACUUUAAGCCCUGCGCAGAUGGUCGAGCCCAUCCGUUCAACCGAAUAAGGCUUGAGCGGCUCUGUGCCAUCUGUGAGUACGACCGCGACCAGAGACUUCAGGCUCUUGAGAGCUCGACAGAUGAGAUCAGAUUUGAACCAGCGAGAUGGCGGUGGAAAUACCAGGGCACGAAGGGUCCGCGCGCUGGCAGAGGCGAUGAGUCUGGAGUGAGAAAGGAAGGAAAACGAGCGAGCGGGCUAUGGGGAAUGGGGACUGCAGUUGAGGGUGGUUCGUCCAGUCAUGACGAGGGAAUAGUCAUGUCACGUGCAAAUGCAGCUCGGGUCCGUCCGUCAUGGGAAGCUCGCAACUUCACCACCUCCAAACGCAUCUCCCACCCCACGUCCGCCGCCCAACCGCUGAAACCGACGCACCGGUCGUUUCUGACGAUCGAUUCAAUUGCCUAUCCCGAUUCUCUAUCCUGCGCACCACGCUCUGCUCCCGCAAUGCCUACUCCCGAGUCCGAGAUGUUCCUGGCGAAGAAGCCAAAGGUUGCGCCAACCUUUGAAGGCGUCGACUAUGACGACAACACCGCCUUGAAGGCUGCACAAGAUGCCAUUAUCCGCGAGCAAUGGGUCAAGAGCAUGAUGGCGCGGUUAGUGAGGGACGAGAUGGGCAAGUGCUACCGACGGGAAGGUGUCAACCAUCUGGAGAAAUGCGGGCAUUUGAGAGAACGAUACUUUGAGCUGCUUAAGGAUGCAAAGGUCAAGGGCUACCUUUUUGCGCAGCAGAACUACCUCGACGAUGCCUGGAAGAAAUAA